AUUCGCGAACAACAGGCGAGAAACGCGAAGCCGAGUGAAUCGACGAGGCAGUCGGAGGCAGUCAGUCGUUCGCUUCUACUAGCGUCGUCGCAGCGACCAGCUUCAUUGGCGCCAACUAAUAUAUCGCCAGUCGGCGCAGUUGCGCCUCUUGUUAUAUCACAGCCAGCGCACUCACUGCCAGGUGCACCAACAUCCCGACGAGAUCUCGAAGUGUGUGUGCGGCUUCGGACGGUUUCGUUUCAAACACAUUCGACGCUUGCACUCCUCUGUCGGGUGGUCCGAGUACAGGAGCCGGCGUACAACCGUGCUAUCCCUUGGCAUGGGAUCCACCACAGGAUGGAUAUCUGA